AUGACUGGCAGGCACGGCGGUGAGGAAGGAGCGUCCGGGCGAGAAGGAAAGCGCGGCCGACAGAACGUGGAAGCCCCAAUGGCAGACACGGCGGGUCGUAGGUGGAUGGAGGGAGGUUAUGAGGAGGAUAGGAGUGAUGGCUCCAUUGCACCAUUUUGCCGCCGACGUCGUUUGCCUGCGCAUGACCUAAUAGCCGCGACGAGAGGUGAUGCUCUUUGUUGCGGACAGAACACGUAUCCAGACGUAUCGCAAUGCACUGUGCACAGUGGUACCGGAGCUGCAAGCUGCCUUGUUGUCGAAGUCUCCCUCUCCCUCUCCCACCACCUGGCGCUUUCCAGAACCCCCUCCACGCUGCCUGCGAGACGCCCGUUUCAGUCCACCGCGGUCAUUGAUGAAACUGAGACCCCUCCACCAGCGCCUCCCCGAUCAGACCAAUGGGCCAAUCCACUGCAAAGUCGGCCACGCGGGCAACCUUGGGAAAUUGCGAGAUGGUGGGGUCCAAACGAGACACGCGCUCGUCAUCCCCAAGCCCAAGCCCUCCGAUAG